AUGAGAACAAGGAGAGGGCUUUCUUAUCCUAGAAGAGGGGCAGUUAACGCUUGCAAUACAGCAGCAGAGAAGAGGAUAUCAACGCCAAAUUAUAAGAGAGGAAAACCUGAUUUUACCGCUGGAGAAUACAUGACUGACUUGUUUGAUUCUUUACCUGAUGAUCUUGUCAUUUCUAUUCUCUGCAAACUUAGCUCUUCUGCUUCUUGCCCCUCCGAUUUCUUCAACGUUUUAAUUACGUGCAAGAGAUUAAAUGGAUUAGGCCUUCAUUCACUAAUACUAUCCAAAGCUUCUCCAAAAACAUUUGCAAUCAAGGCCAAAAAUUGGUCCGAUUCUGCCCACCGUUUCCUCAAACUCUGUGCGGACGCCGGAAAUGCUGAAGCUUGUUACACUCUUGGCAUGAUUCGGUUUUACUGUUUACAAAACCGAGGCAGUGGAGCUUCUCUAAUGGCAAAGGCGGCGAUUAGCUCACACGCGCCGGCGCUUUAUUCACUUGCGGUUAUACAAUUCAAUGGAAGCGGUGGCUCCAAAAGCGACAAAGACCUCCGAGCCGGCGUCGCGUUGUGUGCACGCGCGGCCUUUCUUGGCCACAUCGACGCCCUGCGCGAGCUAGGCCACUGUCUGCAAGAUGGUUAUGGAGUCCGUCAAAACGUGACAGAAGGACGCCGUUUUCUCGUCCAAGCAAACGCGCGUGAACUCGCGGCUGUUUUGUCGAAUCCUAAUGCUGGACUCCCAACGCGCGCUUGGAUCACGUGGAACCCACACGCUCACCCAAGCCAUCGUCACCCAAGUGGGAACGGACCCAGUGGGUGUCCUUUAUUGAGUGACUUUGGGUGUAAUGUUCCAGCUCCCGAGUCUCAUCCGGCCAGUCGUUUUAUGACGGAAUGGUUUGCUAUUCGGGGCGGGUCUGCUGGUUCGGGACUCCGUUUGUGUUCUCAUACUGGUUGUGGGCGACCCGAGACAAGAAAGCACGAGUUUAGAAGGUGUUCUGUUUGUGGAGCUGUAAAUUAUUGUUCUCGCGCGUGUCAAGCACUUGACUGGAAGCUAAGACAUAAAGAGGAGUGCAGCCCUGUUGAACGGUGGGUCGAUGAGGAUGGUGACGGUGGUGAAGGCGGGGAUAACGCCGGUGGUGUUGGUGCAGGGGAUGAUGAUGAUGUCAUGGUUGAGAGCUAA